AUGGCAAACAAAGUCGACGACUCUUCCGAGAACAACGACCUAUUGGCACCUCUGAUACCGCUCCAAUCGAAGGACCAUGAAGCGAUCCUCAAUGUCAUCGACCAAUUGAGGUCGGAAGGCAUAGGUGAGUAUGUCGGCCUUCCGCAGUUGAUCGUGUGUGGCGAUCAGUCGUCGGGCAAAAGCUCUGUGUUGGAGGCCAUCUCGGGCCUGUCAUUUCCGGCCAAGGACAAUGUCUGCACUCGUUUCGCUACCGAGCUCAUUCUAAGACGCUCGCCGAACGUGGGUAUAACAGCCUCAAUCCAUGCUGAUGAGAAACGAACCCCAGCCGAGAAAACUCGCAUCGAAGGUUUCAAGUCGUCCACUGUUGAGCUUGGACAAUUUGGGAGCAUUGUCCGGCAAGCAGAAAAGCAUAUUGGCAUUGGUCAGGAUGGCCACCUGUUUUCCAAGGACGUCCUUCGCGUGGAGGUUUUAGGGCCAGGACUACCUCACUUGACCUUGGUUGAUCUCCCGGGCCUGUAUCAUGCACCCGACGAAUCCCAAACUGCAGCAGGAGUCGACUUCGUAGAGUCGUUGGUAUUGUCCUACCUACGGAACAAACGCAGUGUCAUCUUGGCUGUCAUCUCUGCGAAAAGUGAUAUAGCACUACAGAAGAUCACCGCUUUCACACGCCGAUUCGAUCGAAGGGGCAACCGCACCAUGGGUAUAAUCACCAAGCCAGACACUUUGGACACAGGCUCUGAUAUGGAGAGGUCCUUCUAUGAUCUGGCAAUGAAUACGCGGCUCAGAUUCCGACUCGGAUGGCACGUCCUGAAGAAUAGGUUGCCGAAAGAGCAGCACUUUUCCCUCCAACAACGUGAUGAGUCUGAAGCAAAAUUCCUGAGCGCAGGAAUAUGGGCCCAGAUGCCUCGUGAUCUGGUUGGAAUUGAUACUUUGAGACCAAGGUUGAGCACGGUCCUGAAGGACCAUAUCAUAUCGCAACUACCGGGGCUCAUUGACGAAGUUCAACAAUCCUGUAAAAAUGCAGAGUCCCGGUUACAGAGACUUGGAAAGGCACGACAAACAUUGAGUGAGCAACGCCUAUACCUCAUAGACAGCAGCGACCGUUUCACAACCCUCAUUGGCAACGCCGUGGACGGAAACUAUUCCAGUCGAUUCUUCGGAGAUCCCAUGAAGGAGGAAAAUUAUGAGAGGAGACUGCGCGCUAGGGUCCAGAACCGGCUUUCCGAAUUUGCCCAAGAUAUGGAGGAAAUGGGGAUGCAAAGAAACAUCAUUGACGAUGAGGAACCCAUCGAUACUGAAGAAAACCAGAUUCACCGCUCUGACCUUGUCACAGAAGUUCAGGAACUCAUGCGUCGAAGUCGCGGAAGAGAAUUGCCUGGCACUUACAACCCUCUUAUCAUAGGUGACUUGUUUUACAUGCAGAGUAAGCCAUGGGAAUCGAUCGUUACUCGGUGCAUUGAUGGCCUUCUUGGGGACGUCCACAAGGCGACAAUGCCGAUGCUGCGGGAGACACUGGAUGAGACGAGCAUGAAGCGACUUCUGGAAUACGUGAUUGAACCUGGACUUGAAAAAAUCGAAGAGGCGUUACGCGGCAAGACGGCCGAGCUCCUCAAUCCUCAGCAGAUGGGACAUCCAAUAACCUACAACCAUUAUUUCACAGAGAGCGUUCAGCAGGCGCGCGAGGAGCAUCUGCGCAGAGAUUUGGAGAAAAGAGUAACGAAAUUCUUUGGAAAAGAGUAUCCAUCGUCUGGAAUGGUCUCGUGGCCACAGAACUACAAAUUCAGAAUGGAUAGUUUGAUUGACGCGCUUGCAACUCAGACAGAAGCAAACAUGGAGCGCUUUGCUGCCUCGGAAGCAAUCGAUUGCAUGCUAGCUUACUACAAGGCGAGUGAUUUCAUGUUCUGGCCUGUUUCUUUUCUUUUCGAUACAGCCGCUGACAAGCGUGUCAAGACGAUUGCAGAGGAAGACGCAGGGUCGAGGGUCGAGCGCGAGCGACUGGAGCAGAGGUUGGCAAUCCUUAGCAGCGGUCUAAGUCAACUUCAGCGCCUCGAUCGACACAAUACAUCAGUACAAACCCCGUCAGAUGAGGACAGCCACGAGGAUAGCCGAAGCGAGAUGGAGGAGUUCGCGGAUGACGAGAACGAGCUCGUCGACGUAGUUGAAAGUCGCGGCACAACAAGUCCUGCCAGUUAA